UUAAUGAUUAACCAGCGAAACAGAGCAAAGUGGCGCUCAGAGCAGUAAAAGGGAGCGAAAGGGCAGGGGAGAGUAAGGAAGGGAGCCAGCGUUAAGGAGAGCAGGAGAGGGAUCUUUGUGUAUCCUGUCCGUGGUUUACCUGCGAAUCCAGCAUGGAUGACGAGAGCCCCCCCAGACGGACCCUCCAGCUGAACGACGGUGCUCAUAUGCCUCUGCUGGGCUUAGGAACAUGGAAGACCUGCAGCUCCGAAAUGUUCCAAGCCGCCGUGGAAGCCGCCAUCGCCGCUGGUUACCGGCACCUCGACACCGCCUACAGCUACCGGAACGAGGUGGAGGUGGGACGUGCGCUCCGUGCCAAGAUGGAGCAAGGCAUCAUCCGGCGUGAGGACGUCUUCAUCGUCAGCAAGCUGUGGAGCACAUAUCACGCUCCCAGAGACGUGCCUCUGUGCCUCAGCAAGUCCCUGAGCGACCUACAGCUUGAAUACCUGGAUCUUUAUCUCAUACACUUCCCUGUCAGUCUCCAGAGAAUAGAUGAUGAGCUCUUUCCAGAGAAAGAUGGCAAACUUCUCAGCACAGACACUGACUACGUGGAUGUCUGGAAGGAGAUGGAAGCUCUGCAGGCUUCUGGCAAAGUCAAGAGCAUCGGCGUGUCGAACUUCAACAUCUCCCAGCUGGAGAGACUGCUGUCUGUGGCCAAGGUGCCCCCUGCCGUUAACCAGGUGGAACUGCACCCCUACUUGGUCCAGUCGGAGCUGAUCCAGUUUUGCAAAUCCCGGAACAUCGCCCUCACAGCUUACAGUCCAUUUGGUUCCCCAGGAAGGCCCAAGGAACUUCACCGUGGAGACAGUGACCCUGAGAAGCUGCUGGAGGACCCUGUGGUGAGAGGUGUCGCCGUGAAGCACAGGAGGACACCAGCGCAGGUGCUCCUGAGGUACCACGUGCAGCAGGACAUUGCCGUGAUCCCGAAGAGCGUCAAGCCCAAUCACAUCCUGGAGAAUACCAAGAUCUUUGAUUUCUCCCUGGCCGAAGAAGAGAUGAUGGCAUUAAGAUCCCUCAACAGAGGCUGGAAGGCCUGUGACAUCAGCGCGUUGAGGUCCCAUCCAUUUUACCCUUUCAAAUGAGGCAUCCGCUGCUACCCAUUGAAGAGCACCUCAGGGGCAUUAGUGGGCUGGAGAAUACCCUUGGCAGAUUGGAGUGAUAGUCCCAGGAGACCAUUUUCAACAAUCAAAAGCUGAUGCCAUUCACUGUACAUGGUGGGUAGUGAUGAACCAGGAAUAAAAGAUGCUGACUCAAA